CCCAGAGCUGCUAUCAUGUUGAAUACAAGCUGUUGCCGGGCGACACAGAGACAGUCAAAGUGGACCUGGUCGUGUUUGGACAAGUGGCAAAAAUGUACAAAGAAGACGAGUUCAAGAUCCUGAGAACAUGGCAUGAAGGAGAUCAGCUCUGGGUUGGUUGGACCCAGAACUUUGAGGUCAGAGUGGACAGGGAGACGCUGAUCAGUUUACUUCCUCAUAAGAUCCAGCUCCAGAUCUGGAACAGUAAGGACAAACUGUGCAGUCUGGCCCGCUAUGAGAGGCUGAAGGCGUUCAGGUGGACCCAGGAUCAGCCUGACGAUGCACCAGAGAUGUGUGGUGGUGGUAUCAAGGUGUUGGUUAACAAACUGAGAUCCUCAUGUGAGAGCAACACGUGUAAAAAGCACAGAGGAGAUAAACUGUUGAAUUCAGAGGUUGGAAAAGAAACAGAUUUUCAAAAACCCACCGUUGAUGCAUUUGAUCUUGAAGAGAUGAAGAAGAACGGCACUGCCUUGAUGGAAAUCAGACUUGUUCGUUUGUUAGCAGGUGAAACCUCGUUGACUGAGCGCUUCCCGGUCCGUUCCUCUGGUGUAUUUGAGGUCAUGUGCAACGUCUCUCUGGAGAGGGAGUUAAUGUCGGAGGAACUAAAGGCUGAACUCAACCCUCUGGUCAUCACUAUCCUGUCCGCCACCUCAAUGCCUUCAUCCCCCGUCCCUUUCCACAUCCUACAGGAUAAGUGUGUGCCUGUAUAUUGCCAGUACAAGUUCCACAACAUGAACAUGUACAGGACAAAGAAUCACGAGCACGGCACAAAGAUCUUCUUCAGAGACGUGAAUGUGAUCCUGACGGGCCUGAUGAGUCCUGAAGAGCUCAAAGAGUUCCUCUCUGGUCCGCCUCUGGAGAUAGAAGUCCAUGAUCGUGACAGAAAGUUGGAAGAAAUCCCAAGAACUCCAGCAAUGUUGUGCGCAAGGUCAGAUGACGACAUCAGAAAAGCGAAAAAGGCGGCUAUAAUGAACUCCUAUGGUAUUGCAAACUUGAACUUCUCAGAGCUGCUGCUUGGGAAGAAAAGCCUAAAGAUGCAACGACAAAUCAAAAGCUGCCCUCCAGGGAACAGGACGAUGCUAAACACAGCUGAUCAGCAACAGCCGAUGCCACAAGGCCAUUAUCUUGAAGCCAAUUCCCUCCUCAAAGUCGAAGUUGAGAUAGCUUGUCCGCUUAACGUUAAGAAUGGCAGCUUUGAACCACAGUCUUGUGACGGUCCUCCGUUUGGGCGCAUCGUCUAUCUCUUUGAUUACAACAACUUCUCUUUGAUGACCAAGCUGAGGUCGGAAAUCCUCCGAAUCAACGCCUCAGCUUUCCAUCUGGGCUCUCGCUCGCUGGAAACUGCACAGCAAGCCCUGUCGAAUUACAUGAUGAAUUUCAAGAACGACGAGAGCGAGGAUCUGGAUGUUGUUACGGGAUUCCACGUGUCGGAUCAGAGGGCGCAGAUCUUUGUUCUCGAGGGGCUGAAACAUAAAGCAGUGAAGAGACUCUGGGAGGCUGUUCCUAUGAAGCUAAGUGGCAGUGAGGAGGAUCAGGUGAUAGUCCUCUACAACUCAAACCUGGGUUUCUUCAAGCGCAUCUACGACUCUUUGGAUGUGGGUCUGAGUCCUAUCAGUCUGUGUAAGUCUCUAGAGAGCAUCAUGAGACAGCCCAUGAUCUACAUUAGAGGAAUGCUCCCCCAACCCUGCUUCCAAGCUCUGCUAAGAUUAAGACAGCUCUGUGAAGUAAGGCAGCUGAAAGACGCGGUGCAGUGGAACCUCUUCCCCUCUGCAGACAUGAUUCUCGGCAUGAUAAAGGAAUACGGCACAUAUCCGGAGUACUGGGAGCAGAAAGUUGAAACAAACCAUGAGCUGGACAUGACCUCUCUGCCUGUCAUCCGCAUCAAAAGAUAUGCACCGCUCAACACGUACAACAAAGAGUUCAUGAGAUGGAAACACGACAGACAACAGUCCAAGGACUUCAUUCAGGACAAUAUUAAGAAGGUGCAGGUGGAGAGUGAGCGCUUGCAGAAGCAGGAGGCGGCUGUGAUAAAGAUGGAUCAGUCUGCAGAAAGACCAACACACAACUACAGCAUCCAGACCUACAACUCUACUGAGCUAGAGAAGGAGCUGCUGCGCAAAGAAAUGGCUAUGGUGCCAGGGCGCAGGUUCACCUACAGUCAGCAGUACCAAAGUGCUACAGUAGAACAAGGAGACGUGACUCUGAAGAAAGACUCAAACUCCACCGCUGCCGCCCCACUUUGGCUCAAAAGUCUGAGCAGUGACAAGUCCACGAGACAUCCUAAACACCCAGAUGAGGCUCGAGUGGAGGAGCUGAGGAAGCCAUGGAGGGAGAACAUCCUUCAUGCCGACCUAUUAAAGCAGACACUUUCAAGGGACGUUUGGGGCUGGAGGCGGCGCUGUGAGGACUUCCAUCUCCUCAGCAAACCUCCACCUGUGUUCAGCCCGACGUCCAUUAACCUGGCAGGAGAGCCUCUCCAUCAGGAACAGCUGGAGGCGGCUCGGACUCAGUACUGUCGCUGGAUGAAGAAACUGCUUCCUGAAGGCAGAAGUUACCCAGCAUGCAACAGCCACAUCCCAGAGUUCAAGUGUCUUAUUGGAGGAAACUCAGAGAGGAUUCAGGAAAUACUGAAGGAUGAGCCCAAUAAGUAUUCACUGAGGAAAGAAGGCAUGGCGCUGAAGCCUUUCCCUGAACUCUCUGUGAUGAACCUGGACGAGAGUAAAGAUGAGAGGAAGAGGAGAGGGGCUCUGGCUCCAGGACCCUGUGUGGACUGCAGCCUCAGCAGCAAAGACAACGCCAUUGAGAGACACACCUCUCUGUACCACAAGUACCACUACAUGUCCGUUUAACUUAGUGUUUUUUAUUCAAAAGAACAAAACAAGAUAGCGAAAUCAUGAGAGGUUUAAUGUGCAUGUGGUAUGUCCUGUUGCUUCUUACAGGGACUUCAAAAAGCAGCAUUCAUUUCUGUACAAGCGGACCGCCCUGCCUCUGACAGACAAGGAGAAGAGUAUCUUCACUUUUCAGAAGUAUGCACCCAACAUGAAGACACAAACAUCAUCUGAGCAGCACUAAACUCCAAGAGCACUUUGAAUAAAACUCAUAAUUCCA